AUUGACCUCUACCUGAUCCACUGGCCUGGCACGCAGGGUCUGGUAGUGACUGACCAACGCAACCCAGGCAACCGAGCUCAGAGUUGGGCCACAUUGGAGGAGUUGCAUGCCCAGGGGAAGCUAAAGGCCAUAGGAGUGUCCAACUACACACCAGCACACAUGAGAGAACUGCUGCAGAGCUGCAAAACCCCUCCUGCAUUGCUACAGGUAGAGUUUCACCCACGACUAUGCCAAACAGAGCUGAGGAGUGUGUGUGAUGAGUAUGGAGUGUGUUUCCAAGCCUACUCUUCCUUGGGGAAAGGAGAGCUGGUCACCAACCCUGUGGUCA